AUGAGUGGCUACGUUCCUUACGGUCCCGGCAGCUGUUCUGCUCAGAAACUCAACAGCUUUCCCCUUCAGAACAUCGGCAGCAGCCCCUGUAAUGGAGAUCCUGUCAGACAGCGGCAGUUGACUGGACACAGACGUCAACGCCCGGACCUUAUUGGAUAUAAUUUCCCAGAGCACAAGCCCGAUGGUGAAGCUGAACGUGAAGCGGAGCGUAAGCCAGAGCAUAAGCCACAACAGAGUUCCCUACAGGAGUUACUGAAGAACGCUGGUCCAGACGACGGACCUUACCCUUGGUUUUCUCGCCCUGUGCCUAGGAUCGAUUAUUGGGCGGAGAGCAACGUUGAUCGCUGGGACCCCUAUCAUCCACAAUACGCUGGAAACAACGAGAAUCGCAAACUCCCCAGCAUUGAGCUACCGCCUGCAGUUUCACCGAUCUCUUCGUUUCAGCUUCUUGGAAUGACCGGCUCUGUGGCAUCUAGCCAGGAUUCCCAAGAGGAGCCGUCGUCUCAGGGCCGUGAUACACGAGCUUCGUCUAGCGUGAAUGUGCCUAUCCUCGCGUCCCCUGGAACAGGCUCGAAGACGAGGGCUAUCGCCGCAUUCCACGACGACCGUCUCCGGACACGAAAGUGCUGCUUCUUCUUCUACCCGUCCCACAAGAAGGCGACGCGGAUCAUCUACUCGAGCAUGGGCAUCAUGAUCGUCAGCAUCAUCAUCAGUGCUGUUAUCUAUAAUACUACCCAGGUAGAGGGUAGCAUGAAGAUAGCAAUCCUUACUUGGCUGGGAGGAAGCGUCCUUAUCCUUGUUCUGCUCCUUAUAUACAACAAUGCACGAGCUGGCAGACUGCAAGAGUGGGGCCGUUCUUCAGGAUAUAACAAGGAUUGGGUUGAGUUAGCUGACAUGAUCGACAGUUUAUCUGCCCCGAGCCGCGUGCAUCUUCACGAUAAUGGUGUUGUCUAUCGCGCCCACGCCGGAGGUCAACUCCCAAGCUUAACUAAUGUCAGCACCACCGUUCCUGGCCCACCCGACACGGCCUCAAAGUCCAAGCCCAAAUCAAAAACUUCUACCAACGCCCUAGAGAGCAACCGAGCAACCCGAGGUGGUUGCGGCAUGCCGGGACUCCUAGGACUCCUAGGGUCCUCACGAUCUUCGACCGAGUCGCAGAAAUCUGUGCGAAGCACAAGCACAAGCAAAAGCACGCAAUAUUGCGACGCCAAUGGUAUUGGUAUCGCAAGAAGUGAUUCGCUGUGUAGAGAGGAAGAGAUGGUCAAGACGAUGAAGGAUCGUCAAGCCAUGCUGCAGAAGCAGGAGGCCCAGUCGGCAGAUAUUUCUGCUACGCUUGUCGCGGGUUCGGAUUCCGAAGACUCUAUCAAUAAGGCGUCAUCGACCGUGCAGCAAGGACUGGCAUCGUUGACUAACUUCAGUCUGCCUGAACCUUGUCGCCCCCGUAACAAGUCCGAGUGGGGAUAUGGUUCGGGACUCCCGCCUCGGGAUACCUGGUGUAGGGAACCAUGCGGAAGCAUGAGUAACCUUCGCGAAGAUUACUAUGGCAACGAAAAUCCAGGAUCUUCUUACGCGGCCUCACCUGGAAUAGCUAACGGUGGCGUGAUCCCGAAGCGUAGCAGCUCCCUUGCAGCACGCUUCAACGAGCUCACACCCAUUAGUGAGAGAUCUUACGAAGGUCUAACUCCCUGCAGCCUUCUUUUGUCUCCUCGAUCACCCUCUCGCUCUCGUGGCACCAUUCUGUCUUCACCUCCUUCGGCGCACAUUCCUUACAUGGGCUCGAACUUUUUCUAG